AGGAGGGCCAAGGAGGCGACCUGGGGGCGGGGGUGGGUCGUCUCCGCGGCUGGGCGUGGGCUGGGCGACGCCCCCGGCCCACCGGGCCCCGCCAACAAUGGCCAGCUGGGGAAGGAGGCGGCUGGAAUGCAGCCGGGGGAGUCGGGCGGCGGGGCGGCGGCGGCGGCGGCCGAGGGGCGGGGCCGGAUCGCAGCCGCAGCCUCUUACCUGUCCAGGUAGCUCGCAUUUCCCGGCGAUCGGCGGCGCCCGCAGCACCUGUCGCCCGGUGCGCGGGCGGGGAGGACCGUGCGGGGCAUGGCCUGGUAGAGGCCCCGGGGGAGACGGUGCGGAGUCCAGUCCCGGGCAGGGCGGGCGGCGGAGGGACGGUCCUCCCCGGCGCCCGCGCGGCCGGCGGCAGCAUGAAAAAGAACCCGACGGUGCAGGGCACCUUCAGCAAACUCUUCGGCAAGAAGCACGCCAACCCUCCCGCCACCUCCCUCUACGCCACCAACCCCCCCUGGAUUUUCACCCAGGAGGCUCCGGAGGAGGGGACCCGGGACUUCGACGGGAUCUAUUAUGCAGACAACCGAUUUGACACAGUGAGUGAGUCGGGAACCGCCACGCUGAAAGCUCGACCGAGAGUCCGGCCCCUGCUGACCUUUCUUCCACUGGAUGCCCAGGAGAACCAUGGACUGGCUGUGCCCACCCCCUCUGUGCCAGACAGCUUUGCAGACAAACAAGUGACAGGUACCAGCAAGCUCGUCAACGGCAACCUCCGAUUAUACAGCUCUGUGGGGGACCUAAGGCCUGGGCACUAUGGCCAGGACGCACUCAUCCCGCCGCCCCCUCCAGGCCCAGCCCCGGCACCACCCCCAGACACUCCGCAGCCUCCAGGGCAGGCCUCCCCACCACCUCCACCUUCCACAGCUCCGCCGCCUCCUCCCCUGCUGCUGGAACCCCCACCCCCGCCCCCACCCAGCACGGCCCCGCCUCCACCCCCAGCGACAGGGGCCUUGUCUCCCCCAUCCACCCAUUCCUCCCCAUCCACACCCACCCCUCCUGACUUCAUUCCCCCUGCCCCACCCCUGGCCGUUCAAGCCCCACCCCCGAGCCUUUUGCCAGCCCCAGUGUCUCCUCAUACACCAGGGACUCGCCUCUUCCCCGCUGGGGGUGUCACCAAGUGGAAAUCAGAGGCAGCGCUGAAUGGCAGGCAGCCGGAGGCCUCCAGAAGCAGCCCCCCCAGGAGCCCCGCUGAGCCCAAGGGGAGCCUCCUGGGACCUGAGUCCCACCUCACCUUUCCCCGCUUAUUCAAGGUGCCUCCCCCAACCCCAAUUAGGACUUCAUCCAUCUGCAUUCAGGAAGCACAAGGGGCUCUUCCUGAGGAAGAAGAGGACACCAAAAAGGCCCCCAGUCGACUCCCACUGCCUCCCAGCUUCCACAUCCGCCCCGCAUCCCAGGUCUACCCGGAAAGGGCCGCUGAGCCAGACCACCCCAAGGAGCCCGGGGCUGCGGCACCAGCCAGCCCGAGGCUGGGCCAGUCCCAGGCCUGGACAAAUGAACAAGCCAAGACUCCACCUCCAGCCCCUCCCCUGCCCCCUCCUCCACCCCCCCUCCCUCCCCCAGCACCCCCCUUGCCCCCAGCUGCCCCUCCUUUGCCAUCCGCUGAAAAGGCAGCCCCUCCAUCUGCGGAGUUUACGAAAAGACCCAAGUCCAGCUCUCCCGCUCCCAAACCCAAACCUGACCCCCCCAGCCCGGAGGACACAGCCUCUUCAGAGUCUGUGGACUGGCGGCAUCCCAGCCAGAUGGAAAAGCUGCGGAAUGAGCUGUCAGCCUAUCUCUGUGGCUCCAGGAAAGAGGACCAAUUCACCAGUCACAGACCAGGCUCAACUGCAGCCUCUCAGGGAAAGGAGAGCCAGAAGGGCCCCAGUCAGCCAGAGAAGGAGGCCCCCGCAAGCCUGCUACAGAAAGAGGCUCCCCCAAGCCUGCCAGAGAAGGAAGCCCCUUCAAGCAUUCCCGAGGAGAGUCCCUGCAGCCAGCCAGAGAGGAAGGCUGGCUCCAGCCUGACCCUCCCUCCUGUGGACUACAUCCUCCAAGACUCACCAACUCCUAGCGUGUGGCAGAUCCGGAGUAAGUUGGAGGCCCAGCUUUCCUCAUUAGCAGAAAAGGAAGCCAAGCCCAGCAGAGGGUCUCUGCCUCCGAAACCUCAGCUAGAAGGGGGAAGAAUCUUUGAAAACAGGGCUGAUACCAGCAAAUUCUCCAAGCCCAUGGCCAAGAAUCUGCCAACUCUAUCCACCACCCCUCUGCCAACCACACCACUCCAGUCCAAGGCCACACCUGGGCCAGCCACGCCUGGACCAGCCACACCACCCAAGGCCACACCUGGACUAGCCACACCUGGACUAGCCACACCUGGACUAGCCACACCUGGACUAGCCACACCUGGACCAGCCACACCUGGACCAGCCACACCACCCAAGGCCACACAUGGACCAGCCACACCACCCAAGGCCACACCUGGGCCAGCCGCACCACCCAAGGCCACACCUGGACCAGCCACACCUGGACCAGCCACACCACCCAAGGCCACACCUCUGCCCGCCACAUCAUCCCAACUGAUAGCAGAGAAGAACCUAGUCCCAGCUGGGCAGUGGGAGAAGCCAAAACAUCGAGAACUUGCAGUGCCCUCUAAGCCAGAGGCAGAAGGGCACUCCUUAGAAGCCAGUAAGCCUACACAGGGAGCCCUCUCAUCACCAGCCCUCCCCUCAAAGAUAUCCACUGGCCGAGAAGAGGUGCCAUUUCUCUAUAAGCCCCAUCGCAGCAAGAACAGCCCCAGUAGAGAGGUGGCCGUGGUGAUGUCUACCCUGUCCAGAGGAGAGGCUGCAGGGUCAGGGCAGCCAGCAGAGGUGAAGGAACCCCAGGCGCUGCCAGCCAAACCCCCAGCCUCAGCCCAGCCUGCUGACGAACUCCUCAGGCACCCAGUGACCGGGGAGGUGGUGGAGCGGGGCUCCCCGAUGGCCCUGCUCCUUGCAGCCAGGCAGAGGGCACAGAAGGGGAGGCCCAGGGGGACUGCCCUGGGCCGGUCCUCCCUGCCAGGGAGUCUCCAUGGAGACAGUCAGCCCGAGGCAGUCUCUGACAGCAUCCUCUACAGCGAGGGCCAGCCCAACUCCUUCACUGUGGUCCCCAAGGUACCCAAGGAGACUGAGAAGGACCUCCAGCUAACCUCGCUGGGACAGCGCAACUUACCCAUUCAGUGGAAGCCCCAGCCCCACAGAGACCGAGAGGGCAUGCAGCCCAGCCACGGGCAGAGCUGGACAAAGGCGGCCGUGGCCUGGGAAAGACCAGCGCCCUCCAGCCUCCCCCAGGGCCGCCUGCUGCCCAAGUCCUUCUCUUCCCCUCCUUCUCCUUCCCACAAGAAGGAGGAGGAGGAGCAGUUCAACUUUGAGGUCAUCCCACCGCCGCCAGAAUUCAGCAAUGACCCCGAGCCCCCGGCCCCCGCCCUGCAGUAUCUGAGGCGCCGGAGCUCCCCUCCCCGGGACAACUUCUCAGACUUGCGGCCGCUCGCGGACGCGGGCCCCCGUCUCGGCUUCUCGCGCUUUUCCGGGGAGGCCGGCCCCGCCGGGGGCCCCGGGGGCCCGGAGCGUUCCUCGGGCGGGGGCCGUUCGCUCAUCAAGAAGCGCCUGUACGUCGGGGAGCCCCAGCCCAGCCCGCCCCGCGGCGCCACCGGCCGCAACCCGAGCUCCCCCAGCUGCUUCGGGCCGCAGGCCGGAGGGCCCUUCGCAGCGCCCGGCGGCCCGGAGAUGCGGCGCGUCAACUCGGCGGGCCGCGCGCCCCCCGGCGGCCUGCACCCGCGGAAGGUGUCCCUGGAGGGCGCCCCCCGCGGAGAGGCCAAGUACAAAGCGCCCGGCGACUGCGGCUGCGCCCUGGCGCCCGGCAGGUCUCCCCACGGCAACCCCCACUAUGGAAACUCCAUCAACACAUUCACCGUGAGGCCCGGGACCCGCCAUCCCAUCUCCUAUGCCUACUCUGGGGCCCAUUGGAAGGCCCUGUCCUGAGCCCAGGGUUUUCUUAGUUCUACUCCAAGGGGUCGGAUCCGGGCACUUGUUUUUGUGGGGGUGGGAGGGAUGCAGCAGGUGUUAGGUAGCCUCACUCAGACAUGGAGGAGUCUUUGUUUCCCAAAGACACACAGACAGACAGACAGACAGACAGACAAUGAGUGAAGCAGUGGCCCCAGGAAGAUCAAGAUUGGACUUCCGUUUCCCAAAGCACUGGUGCGGCUGCGGACUGUCUGCGCAUGGGGGUGGGAGUGGGAAGGAGAGAGAAGAAGAGGAACCUUAAAGGCCCUGGAGCCUGAGUUUUCACUGUCUGGUACUAUUUGAUUUAGCAAGGCUUAUUUAAAGCAGUUUUCCAAGCAGGCCUACAGAGCAGGUUCUAAAAGCAGGGGUUGGGACACUCACUUGGAAUGGGAGCCCAUCGGGAUGACGGUGAUUGCCUGUCAGGCCCUCAUGAGACGCUGAGGCCCAGGCCUGUCUGGGUGGGGGUGCAGGGUGCAUAGGUUGACCUCCUCAGCCUCCACCAGUCCACCAGUUGUCACUCCAAGAGGUGAUACCUGGGGUUCCUAGCAUAGAAGCCACAUUGAGGUGGGACCAGGAAUAUGCAUGUAGAGAAGGUACUGGAACAAAGUGCUUUGCAUUGACUAAGGGUGGAGAUGGGGAGAUCGGUGGUUCAUUUCUCCCUGGCCCUUAGUGACAGGAAGGCCUAGAGAGAGAAGUCUUGGCAAGUUUGGGAUGGAAGACAGGAUUAAGGCUUACUUUUCCGCUUAUACCCAGGCAGCCAUGAUUUGAGGGAUUGGAUCCAAGGAGCCAGAAAGCCUGGGGCUUGACACCAGAGGCCUUACAUGGCCAGGUCCUAUAUGGGAUGUGGAGGGCAUCACUCCCAGCCACCCAUCCCAACCCCAGUACUACAGGUCUGCAAUAUUAUUGAGGCCUUAGUAUGUGUAACCAAGAUGCUGGAAGGCCUUGUAGAGUAGAAGGUGACAGAGAUGGGACUAGAGGUCUGAGAGGAGUUUGCUGCAAGUAGGGAACGUGUUUUGGAAAGUCAAGAGUGGCAGGACUGGACCAGUUCAGAGCAGGGGAGCCCUAUCAGUAGCGUGACCAUUUGUACUUUCCUGGGAAGUCUGGGAUUAUGCCUGUUUGCCAGUGAGUUAGAACCACUUCCACUUUCAAAAAAAGUCCUGAUUUAGAUGAUGUACGGUCACCAAACAUAUCAGGAAAUAAUAUUCUUUGGUUGAUCUUCUGUCUUAAGGUCUUGGUGGGCCAAAUUCCUGGGGCCAGGCCAAGGCAGCUACCUGGGUAAGGAGGAAGGGCAUGGGGUGCCCACCUCAGGGAAGCAGGCUGGUAGGGGCAGCCAGGAAGCACAUUUGGGGGCAUGAUGUUGGAUUUCUAUGAUUUGUGCUACCCAGCCAGGGUAGAGGAGUGUGGGGAUAGCAGAUGACCACUUUAGGGAAAGAGAGUGGAGGGGUGGGUGGGUGCCCUGUGAGGGCAGGAUCUGGUUACCUGUGUCUAAGAAGCAAACCCACCCCAGUGCCAUCACUGGCUCUAUAUAUAUGUACGUAUUUUCCCUGUACAAUGUUUUAUAAAAGAGUUCACUAAUUUAUCUGCUGUGUUAAGGCUCGAGGGGUGGGGUAUGGACUCCCAGUUGUAUCUUGCUCUGGGAUGGGCAGGGAAGGACUGAUUCUCACUUGGCUUGGGAAAUAAACAGGCCAGUUUGGAAGGCCUCCAGCUCUGCGGCUGUGGAUUGAUGACUGCGAGCUACUGGGGUGUGAUGAGCUUGGGGGAGCUCAGCUGGGGAGGGCCGAGCACACGGUGGUGGCCGAACCGGAGCCAUUAUGCUGGGCCCCACCGUCUC